AUGGCCGUUGAUCCUCCUGCCACAGGAGAGCAGCAAGAGCCGACGCGGCGGACCGCAUAUGGGCGAGAACGUCUACCAUUUACGCCACGCACGUACAAAAUGAUAAAACGUGACUGCGAGGUUGGUUUCGUGGAGGCGUCUCGGGAGAUCGACCGUCUCAAGAAAGGGACAUUCCCGGAUUUUGAGACAGGCGAGAUGGUGGCUGGAGAACUACAGGCUACGAAAAGUAUGCCAAACCUGCGUCCGUCCAGCCGUGCCACGACAGCCCAGUCCCUGAUUUCGUCCACUACGCGAAGAACGCCCAAGCACCUCCAGCGGCGGCAGAAUAGUGGCGAGUUGGAUGAGGGGAGGAAAGUUAGGGUUAUGGGACGAACAAUUUCCGAAACUGGCAUUAAUCGCAUUGGGAAUCCGAGAGUUCGCGUUCUUGCUAAGAUCGAGAUGAACCGACGGCACAAGACGCUCAGGAAGGCUACGCUCAUGAGUGUACCUUGGCGUAGCACAGGCCUAGUGGAUGUGAACACACUGCAACGAGAAUGUGUGCGGCUGAAUGCCAGCGGCUCGUCGUCGACUAAAGAGAUUAUGGAGGAGUGGAAGCAUAGGGUGUCGCAGGGCAUGAGCAGAACACCGAUACGGCGUCGGCUGGAUGCAGCGCUCGCUCGCCUAUCUGGGUCGUCCCCUUCCCCGGGAGAUCCACCACCAGCAAACUCAGGGGACUCCACCAGUCCACAGUCUGAGGGUCGCCGCUUAGGAAAAUCGGUGACGGUGGGGUCGCUCCUGUCACCGGAGGUGGACUUCAUCAGUGAGAAUCGGAGCACGGCUCAACUUCAUGCAUCAUCUCCCGAUCACAAAUUACGCCAAGUUAGAUGGAUGGUAGAGAAGCGAGAAAACCGCAUGCGAUCGGCUCUCCUGAGUCGACAAGGGUCGCUUGGGGCGUGCAGCAGAGUGGACGACCUGAAGGGGCACCGCAGGCUGAGACGCUGUAAGAGUGCCGAAGCUUAUGGUGGAUCGACCUCUGCUGCUGGUCACCUGGACGCACGCACGCGCAAGCCGGACGAUCAGCUGAAAUCUCGUCAAAAGCAGUGGCUCGAGUUUCUCUCGGCUGCGUCCGGCGCUCUGAAGAUGCGGAACUACGCGCUGUCGAAGCACGUCUCGACCGAUGUCAAGUUGCGCGUGAGGUUUUUGAGACCGCUGUGGAGGAUGCGAAGGAGGGCCCAUGCAGCUGAAGUGGUGCGGAAUUUCCUGGUAACGACAUCGCACGCGGGAAAACUGAGUCUUGCCGUGAAGCGAUUGCUGUGGAACAUUAGGAGAUUCCAAAGACUGUGGAGGCAGUUUCACGAAGAUAAGCAGAUGACGCUGCUUACUCAGUGGAUACCGGCUUUCAUCGAGGCGGAGCGACAGUACCUCACAGAGCUCUACCAGAACAACUCGAUGAAAUUGAAAACUGGUUUGAAGCUUGGCAGAAUGCGGCUUCCUAUGGGAAGAAUCGCUCGAUGGGAAGCCAACGGGGAACGCCUGUCCGCGAUCGACGUGUCUUUUCGUGACUCUAAUCUAUUGCAAUCGCAGUCAUUGCGACAUAGCACUUCCCGUCCCAGUGUAAAGAAGAUGUCUAUACGGAUAAAGAGCCUCGGAAUAUCCAGGAGAAGUUUUUUCGGGCCGCAGGACGAGGAAAUGAUGGCGGGGGUCGCCUUGGCGCAGCUGAAGGCUAGAGUUAAGGCGGCCACUCUGCAUCCAGCACUUCGUUUUGGUCUGUUGUCCGCGGAGUAUUCUCGUCGUAUGCGGAAUAAGGCGAUUUCUGCGAGAAAGUUGGUACUUUCUAUGAGAGAGGCUUUGACACGUCUGCGGAACUGGAUUGAGUUUGCUAGGAUAUUCCGUCUGGACGCCCAGUCGGCCUCUCUUCUUCUGGUUCCCAGUCAUAAUCUCACCACGGGUAUGCACGGUGAUGGUAACAAGAGUCUAGAGUUCACAGCCGAAACUAUGAUGGAGUUCGUCAGGACCAAUCACGAGUUGUAUGGUAGCGCGUGUGUAACGGCAUCGGAUCCGGAUAAGGCUAAGCGCGACUGCCACAAAUCUACCGUAACGCUGGCAGUGCCGGGUAACGGUGCUACUCGGAAGGACGUCCCGAAUCGCGUGAGCAGUAGGAAUUCUACGCGGAGGAGCAGCGAUGAGCACAAGAAGCUCCCCCCGCAGGGAUCGGUCACCAACUUGAAGGUAUUGUUGGCCGCUUGA